AUGAAUUACAAAUUAAUACAAAUUAUUUCGCCCCUUCUUUUAAUGUGCUUAUGUGAAGCAUACAAUAACGAGAAAAAUAAUAACAAUGGAACUAGAAUUACCAAGUCAAAUCGAUUGUUAUCUGAGGUAGAAAACAAUGAAAUGGAAGAAGAAGAAGAAUUCUAUGAAGAAAAUGUAUCACAAUAUAACCAAGAAUCAAUUUUUGAAGAUCAACAAAAUAAUGAAGAUAAACAAGAUAAUGAAGAUAAACAAGAUAAUGAAGAUCAAGAAGAUAAUGAAGAUGAACAAGAUAAUGAAGAUAAACAAGAUAAUGAAGAUAAACAAGAUAAUGAAGAUAAACAAGAUAAUGAAGAUCAAGAAGAUAAUGAAGAUGAACAAGAUAAUGAAGAUAAGCAAGAUAAUGAAGAUCAAGAAGAUAAUGAAGAUAAACAAGAUAAUGAAGAUAAACAAGAUAAUGAAGAUCAAGAAGAUAAUGAAGAUAAACAAGAUAAUGAAGAUAAACAAGAUAAUGAAGAUAAACAAGAUAAUGAAGAUAAAAAAGAUAAUGAAGAUAAAAAAGAUAAUGAAGAUCAAGAAGAUAGUGAUGAUGAACCAAAUUAUGAGCCAGUAAUGGAAUUGUAUGUCCCAAAAGACCCACCAUUUGUAAACGAACAACUAAACACUCCAGAAACAGAUAUCAUUCCAAAACCACAUGUAAGAAUAGGGAUACCACCACCACCAGAACACACAAGCAUUAUAGAAAGGUCACUUAGAGGAUCUACUCCUCCACCACCAGCAGAUGUGACCCACAAAACCUCAGUAAUCCCAAAUGUUCUAUCAAAAAAACGAUCCAAAAGGCGGGAUCUUUUAUGUGAUAAUUAUGAAGAAAUAAAUGAUGAGAUGGAAGAGUGGAAUAAAUAUUUGCAUAUAGUUUAUGAAGUUGAUUCAGAUGACCCAGAGUUAGAUAAUUAUUUGAAAAAAAAAAUUUAUAAUAAAAAAAAUAAAUACACACUCAUUCUAAGCUAA